UUCUUUUUGAAAGUCUUGACUGAGGGUGAACAUGUGCCUUAAAGAGUGAAGAGUUCUGGCUGAAGUGCUGACAUCCAUUUCUCGUUGAGAAAAAGAAGGUAACCUAUCACAGUUUUCUACCUCCAUAUUCCCAAGUGACUUAAGUGAGAGUGAUGAUUGACUGAGAUAGGAUGAAAAGGACGGGAAAAUAAGACUGCACGAGAGGUGACAGAAGACGUGGCAAGAUAAAGAGAAAAGGCAGAAUAGGAGAAAGUGAGACAUAGUGAGACAAAGCAAAACAAGACACAACAAACAAGGGCAAGAAACGGAUUUCAAGAACACAGUUCAAGAGAAGACGCAAGACAAGGAAAGCUACGAGACCAGACCAACUAAAGCAAGAGAGGACAAAGAAAAGAAGCCAAUUAAGGGAUCCUGUCAAACUUCAGUGUAUCACUGGGGACAGAGGCCAGAGAAGAAUGGCAUGCCAGGCAUUCAGCGCUGACUCUUUCACCCAAAUUGCAGUAGAUUCACCCUUGCCAAUCCUCAUGCACCAUGCAUCCACCAAUGACUGCCUGCCAACCACCUCCCAUGCUCACAGCAUGGUUUCUUCAGUACCAUCUGGGUUGUCCCUGGGUCAGUCCUCCAAGCGCUCUCACAUGCCCCUGUCCACCUCGUCCCUUGGCAACCCUCUUGGCAACGGCCCCUCGAGUCUACAUUACCCAGUCACCCCCUGUCACUACAGCAACCAGCAGGCCACGUACGGCAUGAUGGCAGCUCAGGAGAUGCUCUCUGCCAGUAUUUCUCAGACUCGUAUCCUGCAGACAUGUGGUGUCCCUCACCCUAACAUGGUGAGCAGUGCAAAUCCCUUGCAAGGGUCUCUUACUCCUUGCUUGUACAAGUUUCCGGAUCAUGGUCUAAGUAGUGGUUCUUGUGCAUUAAGCCAUGGUUUCUCUUCACUGUCCUCUGCCUUUCUCUCGACUGAUGAGGCCCCUGGCGGCCCCAUUGUUGGAGAGGUGAAAACUGAUGCCCAGAGGAAGACAGUGCGGGACCCAGAAGAUGCUCCUGCCAUGGACUCCCCACAGAUACGAGAGCUGGAGAUGUUUGCCAAUGACUUCAAAAUACGGAGGAUCAAACUUGGCUACACACAGACUAAUGUAGGUGAGGCUCUUGCUGCAGUGCACGGCUCAGAGUUCAGCCAGACCACAAUCUGCCGCUUUGAAAAUCUGCAGCUGAGCUUUAAAAACGCCUGCAAACUCAAGGCCAUUCUGGCUAAAUGGCUCGACGAAGCUGAGCUGGCCGGGGCUUUGUACAGCGAUAAAAUAGGAAUGAAUGAAAGGAAGAGGAAAAGACGAACGACAAUCAGCCUGGGAGCUAAAGAGGCUCUAGAGCGCAGCUUUGUGGAAAAAAGUAAACCAUCCUCCCAGGAAAUAGCCCGGAUAGCCAAAGGCCUCCAUCUGGAGAAGGAGGUGGUCAGAGUCUGGUUCUGUAACAGACGCCAAAGAGAGAAACGGGUCAAAACCAGCCUCAACCUCAGCUCCUGUUUGACCAAAAUCAGUCCAAACUGCAUCGCGCAGAUGAAUAAAACACAAAGACAAAUGACAUAAUUUAAUUUCAAAAUCUGUUCAUCUCCAGUCUGAUAGCAGCUCCUUGUGAAAAUGCGUUGUUGUUUUUUUUUUUAAUCAAAUGUCUGGCAGAAAUCACCAUGAAGUGGCAGAAGUUCACUCAACAGGAAACAGAAAAACAUCAUAAUAAUAAUGAAAACUUUUCUUAUCUUGCAUUAAGCAGCUGCUGACGCACUUAAAGCAAUUUCAUCAAGUUAACAUUCAGUUGAAAAUUGAUAUCUUGUGUUCCUGUGAUGGUCAGCCUGAUCAAAACAAAACAAAUACAAGUUAUUGUCAGUUCAUUACUUGAAUCUAACGCAGCAAAUGUUUGUUUAAACUUAAGAGAAAUCCCUAAUUACAAUGUGCUGUGGAUGUUUUUGUAUUUAUUUGAAAAUAAAUGUUCUUUACAGUAUUUUAAUCUCCCC